AUGGCUUUGCAACUUCCUGCCAUCGCAGUAGUACUGCUAACUCACUUGCGAGGACCCAAGAACACCUCAAUCCUGCUCGUUACGUCCCGUAACGCCAUGAAAUACGGCGGAGUAUGGCGCCUUCAAGCACUUCUUGGGGUAAAUGUACUUGUGCUGGCAGAUCCUAAGGCGAUCCAUCAUGUCAUUCAGCAAUCGGCAUAUGACCACCCAAAGACUCUCCAGCUACGCGUUACAAUGUUCAACCUCACCGGUCGCAGCAUCCUGUGGGCACCGAGUGGGUAUUCUGCUUUCGUCGUCGAAGGUCAUUCUCUUUGCUUCGGAUGCGUGCUUUCUUCCCACUAUUCCAGCGCACUGCAAACAAGGUCAGAUGUCAUUCACAACCAGCAAACGAUGUACUCAGUCGGAAGCGGCCAGCUAUCCCAAUUAUGGAAAGAGCAGGUUCUCGCUGGUCGUCUGGGUGGAACCACCGUGCAGGUGCAUGGCAGGCUGGCGAGGACUACACUCGAUAUCAUUGGCGAAGCCGCCUUCGGCUUUGACUUCGGCGCUCUGGACAACACGGAGAACGAAGUUAGCAAAGCGUAUCACAAGAUGUUCGCCGAUUCGCAGCUUUAUCCCAGCGUGUGGAGCAUGGUCUUCCAAGCAAUGUGGUCCCUCAUUCCAGAACCUCUCCUAUUCUACAUUCGUUACCUGCCGACUCGCGAGAAUGCUCGAUACCGGUAUACGCUCAAAGUUAUGGACAAGCUCUCCGGUAAGCUUAUCAAGGAGAGAAGCCGAGAGGUAGCGGCAGGCAACCCGGAUGUAUCGCGCAAGGACGUGCUAAGUUUACUGGUUCGCGCAAAUAUGUCUGAGAGUCUGAAGAUGAGGCUCAGUGACGAAGAGACGCGGUCGCAGAUUGGCACUAUGACCCUUUCUGGACACGAAACGACUACGAACACUCUGACAUGGAUGCUUUGGGGGCUUUCGAAGCGCGUCGACAUCCAGGACGGACUACGUGGAGAGAUCGCAGAGAAGCGUAGAGAGAUAUCUGCCAGCGGGGCGUGUGACUCUACUCUCGAAGACUUGGAGUCCAUGCCGCUCUUACAGGCAGUUAUUAAGGAAACACUCCGAUUCCAUCCCAUUGGAUCAAAUAUUUGGUGCGUCGCUUCUAAGGACGACGUCAUACCCCUGGAGAAACCCAUCUUGACGAGGACAGGAGAGACGAUCUCAGAGAUCCCUAUCGCUGCUGGACAAGUUGUAGUGACAUCUUUCUGCAGCUACAACAGAAUCGCGGACGUCUGGGGAGAAGACGCGCACGAAUGGAACCCCAUGCGUUUCGUCGAGCGAGAUACUCAGAAGCAGACCAAGGUUGGCAUGUUCGCCAAUCUUUGGAGGUUCGCAGUUAUCGAGAUGCAAACCCUCAUCGUCGAGCUCGUCGAGAACUUCAAGUUCUCUAUCCCAGAUGACAAUGCCGAUAUUAUUCGCACCCCUACACUUACUAUGGGACCAAUGAUCAAGGGUAGAAUCCACGAAGGCUUCCAGAUGCUGCUGCAUGUGGUACCUGUUUAAUACUCUUAGAGGACCUGCACCGUCAACUUAGAUACUAUCCCUGAAUAUACGUGCUGCUCUUCAAAUCUC